UGCCUCUCCUGCAGUCGUGGGGGGUGUGCUCGAGUGGGACCAGGCGCUGGGAAGGAGGAACGAGAGACCCGACUUCUUAGGGCUGGAGAAGCCGGCGGGAGGAACACCUUCGAGUUCAUUCACAGCAGCGGCUGGAGAUGGAAGAAGGAGCUGUAGAAUUGAGGCAAAGAAAAAGGCUAAACUAUACAGAACCUGAAGAAAAACAUCUCGAAAAAACCAAAGAAGAAAGCAAAAAGUCAAAAAAAUCUGCAAGAUAUGCCUUAAUUCCACGUUUUGCAAAGCUUUUCUUUGGAUGUCUAGCGGCAGUCGUAAGUGGAAUGAUGUAUGCCAUAUACCUCUCAACAUACCAUGAACGUAAAUUCUGGUUCUCUGGCAGGCCGGAGCUUGAACGAGAAAUCACAUUUCAGGGUGAUAGUGCCAUUUACUACUCAUUUUACAAAGAGUUGUUAAAGGCGCCUAACUUUAAAAGAGGCAUCUAUCACCUUACCCAUGACAACAGAACUCUGUCGCUGAAGACCAUGAAUGCAGUGCGACAGAUGACUUUGUAUCCAGAGUUGAUUGCCAGCAUCUUAUAUCAAGCGUCUGGCAGUGAAGAAGUUAUUGAGCCGGUAUAUUUUUACAUUGGUAUAGUAUUUGGACUCCAGGGGAUCUAUGUGACGGCACUGUUUGUAACUAGCUGGCUUAUGAGUGGGACGUGGCUAGCAGGGAUGCUGACGGUUGCCUGGUUCAUUAUUAACAGGGCUGAUACAACAAGAAUAGACUACUCUAUCCCUUCUAGGGAAAACUGGGCCCUGCCAUAUUUUGCUUGUCAAGUUGCAGCACUAACAGGCUACUUAAAGAACAACAUAAACUCUUCUGCUGAGAGGUUUUGCUACUUGUUGGUGAGUGCUUCAACGUACACUUUUAUGAUGAUGUGGGAAUACAGUCACUAUCUACUGUUUGUCCAGGCUACCUGUCUCUUCCUGCUAGAUAUCACAGGCCUCACACAGACAGAGAAGGUACAUGAAGUGUAUAAAAUUUACCUGUUUUCUCUCUUCCUGGGUUACAUGUUACAAUUUGAAAAUCCUGCUUUACUAGUAUCUCCACUGCUAAGCCUUGUUGCAGCUGCCCUGCUGGCAAAAUACCUUCAGAUGAAUACAAAAAAGGGGACACUUCUUUCAAAGUUGCUGAAAGUCAUUUACUUUUAUUUGGUCUUCACAAUAACAGUGACUUUGAAUUUUGUAGUGAAGACAUUUAUUUCCCACAAGGAAAAUGAACAUUUAAUGAAAGUUCUUGAAGUAAAAUUUGGUUUAAACAUAACUAAGAACUUCACGAUUAAUUGGCUUCUUUGUCAAGAGUCCCUUCAGGCACCAUCCCAGGAUUUUUUCCUGCGGCUCACUCAGUCCUCGCUGUUGCCUUUCUACAUUUUAGUGCUAAUUAUUUGCCUUGUCUCUGUUGGCCAGGCCAUCUUUAGGAGAAUUACUGGAAAACCAGUCAGCGAAACUCCUACGCUUGAGAGUGGGAGGAUUGGAGAAAGACCAGAAGUUGUGUAUCAUGUACUUCACACAGUUUCACUGGGGUUACUUGCCAUGAUGAUGGAAAGAAUGAAAUAUGUGUGGACUCCCUAUGCUUGCAUGAUGGCUGCGUUUGGAGUUUGCUCUCCUGAGCUCUGGAUGACACUUUUCAAGUGGUUCCGACUCAAGGCUGUACACCCCAUCGUGCUGGCUCUCAUCCUAAGUAUGGCAGUGCCAACUAUCAUAGGCUUCAGCUUGUGGAAAGAGUUUUUUCCUAGGAUAAUGACAGAACUUUCAGAACUUCAAGAAUUUUAUGACCCUGACACAAUCGGACUUAUGACCUGGAUCAAAAGACAGGCACCUGUUGCUGCUGUGUUUGCUGGCAGUCCGCAGCUAAUGGGUGUGAUCAAAUUGUGUACUGGAUGGAUGGUGACAAAUCUGCCCCUGUAUAAUGAUGAGGACCUGCAAAAGAGAAACGAGCAUAUUUUUCAGAUCUAUUCCAAAAGGUCAGCUGAGGAUAUUUAUAAGAUACUCACAUCAUACAAAGCCACCUAUUUGGUUAUAGAGGAUUCGAUUUGCAACGAGGUGGGCCCUGUGAGAGGAUGCCGGGUCAAAGACUUAUUGGAUAUUGCCAAUGGCCACGUGUAUUAUGAAGAAAGUGACAGUUAUGGCUAUUCAAAAUAUGGACGAUUUUGUCAGGAGAUCAAAAUGAACUAUUCUCCAUAUGUGAAUUACUUCACCCGAGUAUACUGGAACAGGUCCUAUUUUGUAUAUAAAGUCAACACUGUAAUAUCCUUCCAGUCCUGAGAAGUCAUGGAGUUGAACUUUUUGAAGAUUGACUUUGUGCGCAGAAUUCUUCAAUGGGAUGAAGUUAUUUACAAACUAUUCUUUUAUACUGCAUAUGCAUCACGGACAGACGCAGAGGCGCGUCAUUGAGAAUGUGCAAAAGUCUAUCUCACUGGAAUACUGCAUAUUGACUGUAGCACAGCAAGAGAGUGAAAUAUGCUCCCAGGCCAUGAAACAUAGAAGACAUGAUAGUCUUCCACAUUUUUAAAUACCUCUUCCCAGGUAUUCUGGUUUUAAUAACCUUAUUUUAAUGCCAUCGAUUUUUCUGGUUUCAAUUUAUAGCAGUUACAGUCUUUAACUAGGAUUAUUUACUCUAAGAAAUGCAAAAAAGGCAACGUAUCAGCUUGCUGAGCAUGAUCCUCAAGUUAUGCUUAUGUAUAUAUCUGGGGUUGCGGCAGUGUGGUGUGGGUGGUUGUUGUUACUUUUGCAGCUUUGUCCUCCCACCAAAUAUUUGAAAUUCAUGGAAUUUGAAAAAGUGGGAUACCAUUUGGGGGGCCAGGAGGAUACUGAAGAUAAAUAAGAAUGGGAAGAGGAAUUAAGUAAUCCCUUGGCUGAGAUCUGACUCCUCUUAAUCAUGGCUGCUAGGUAUGAGCUGCCUUCGAUUCAAGAUGCUUCAAUUCUUUGAUUUCUCAUGGAGUACAGUUCUACCAUGUCUUUGGUGAAAGAUUGUUCCCUAUAUAGGUAGAUUGUGUGUCAUUCAUAUAUAAAGAUCAGUGUCCCUAAUAAGUGCUGGACUAAAUACAGAUCAUUUUCUUUGAAGUGUGUAGAUCAUCUCUUGUGUUUUAGUCAGAUACAUUCAUCUUCUUAUGGAGACCACCUAGUUGUAAUAAAUAGACAGUGCAGUCCCUAUACAAAAGGUAGAAGGCUUAAAUUCAAGGAGAUUUAGUUUAACUAUUUGGCAGAUUUCAGCCAUUAGUAUAACUAAAGGAGUGUAUCAUUUUGUCCUACUUAAAGACUGCACUCAGAUGUCACAUUAAGCCAGGAAUCCCUUUUCAAUAAACCAUGAUGUGAAUGAGCAGUAUGCUUGUGCACGUAGUUCGUUUGGUCUUCCCUUUGCGCAAGUAAACAAACCAGGAAGGGAUAGCUCUGCAUAACAUCUGAAAUGUGUCCGAACAACCUAUGAUUCAUAAGCUGGCUUUAAACCAGGAUCAUGGCUUGUUUGAGCUCACUUAACCGUAAGCCUGUUGUGUUUGGGGUUGAGGUGGGGUUUUUUGGUUUUUUAAAAAUAAAUGUAUAUUCCUGUUUUAUGGUAGUAUUUCUCUCUACAUCUUUUUUGUUUUGUUUUUAUUGUUGAUCAUCUUUUCUACAUAAUUGCUUGUUCCUCUGUUCACCCCACCCCACCAAGCUUGAUUCUAUGGUCUUGAAGCAAACUAAGAGUUUUAUUUAUGUUUAGGUGGUGAAAACCUUCUCUAUGUGCCUAUUGGCAAGUAUUCUCUCCAGAGACAAGAAUGGCAAUUUAUCUACUAACUCUAUUCAUCCAUAGUACAUAAAUAUGAGAGUAAUUUUGCAGAGCAAGAAAAUUUACUGUGUGCACAUUUUAUCACAUGCUUGAUGUAUGGUACUUAUUGAUAGGCUAACGAUCAAUGCCACCUUAUUUUAUGUAAGUCAGACAAUUGGAUUCAGGGUUUGAAAAUCAAUUGUUGCAAAUGUCUGAUUAUUAACUUCGUUCAGUUGAAGCUGAAGGCCUACAACUGAAUCAAAUCAGUUGAUAGAACUUGUCAUUGUUUUCCAGUCUGGGGCCCUGCAGAUAUGUCGGACUACCACACCCAGCAUGCUGAUUGGGGCAUGCUGGAAACUGUAGUCCAAAUCAUCUCGAGGGUAACAGGUUGGAGAAGACUGAAGUAUAGUGGGGUUCUCUUUUGUGCGUGGAGAUGGGUAUAUUGCAAUGCUGAGUGAUUGGAUGUAAAAUCACCAUUUAAUACGUGUAGCCUUGACGUAUUCGAGAACAUUUGUAUGUGUGCAACAGUAGUUACCUGUGUUCUGUACAAGUACAUCGAUGUCUUUGCACUGAAUAUUUUUCUGUUGCUGCAGUAAAUGACAACAGAUGUACCUAUCUUGUAUUACUGCAAAGGAAACUGACUUUUCAAUACUAUUUUAUAGUGCUAGAAAAGUUGCUUUUCUGAAUUUUUUUUUUUGGAAUAGCUCUCUUAACACUCCCAGUUCACCAGGCACUCAUGUUGUGCAUGCAGUCUACUUUAUUUCUAUGUUGCUUCUGAGCCUCAUUGAAAUAAACACAGCUUGCACAGUAAUUUCAAUGUGUCCGGUGAUCGCUGAUAGAAUGCCAUUGGUCAGGGUUAACAAACACCCCUUGCUAUUUCCUCUAGUGUUCCUGAAUUCCAUUCCCAGCUAUUGUACCGGGCAGACUGAAUUGCCUUAACCUUUUCAACCCUAGUAGUUCCACUCAAAGUGCAGUUAUAUUUCAGCUCCUGAAAUGGGAUCCGUUUGAGUAUUACUCCAGUGCUUAGUGUGUAAGAGUAUAUGGAGAGAGAGA